UCUCUCUAGAAAACUAUAUCCCGUGUAGAAAGUCUCGUCCUCAUCCCAACUCUCGUCAUUCGGUGCAAAGUUUCCCUAUUUCCCUCUUGUCCUUUCUUCUUUCUCAACAAAUUCCUGCAACGGUUAUUCGGCGCCUAUGCAAGCAGCAAUUGAUAAUCACCGAGCUAUUUAUGGAGUUAAUUUUUUGGAUAAGAUUCGGGAUAAAUGCUUGGGUUCAACGCACAGUUUUAUUAAUUUAUUGUAGAGGUGGAAUUUGAUUUUCGAUGUAAUUUUUAAAGCUUUAAAUGCUUUUAUAUCAGGUUGUUGAAGCCGCGGUCACUGGGGCUUGCUGGAAAAAAUGCUUGGUGUUCAACUCGUAGUUAUACCGAUCUUUUAAUUAAGGAGUUUGCUGGACUAGCUACGGGAAAAUGCUUGAGGUUCAACUCGCAGUUGUACUAAUUUCUCGUUAGUGGUUGCAGGAGUUCGCCAGAUUAGCUUUGAAAAUAUUGCUUGAGGUUCAACUUGCAGUUAUACUAGUUUCUUCUUAAGGCUUGUGGAUAUAUUAUCGAAGGACGGUUGGAAAAGAGAAGUUCCCUGGCGCAUUUUCCUAAAAACCUGUUUGCAUUAACUGAGUGUACAGUGAGCAUUCAUGGCAUUCUUGGAUUUGGUUUCUGGACAGUCACUAAAUAUCCCUCAAACUUCUAGAAAUUUUUCAAGGGUGAUGACUCUUCCUGAAAUUAUAUCUGACUGUAAUUUGAUUGGUGAUGGGAAUUCAGAUAGCACUUCAUCUGUUUGCCAUGGGCGAAUAAUUAUAGUGGCAAACAUGUUACCUUUAUAUGCUCAAAGGGAUAGCAAAACUGCUACAUGGCACUUUGGUCUGGACGAGGAUUCACUUUUGUUACAAAUGAAGGAUGGAUUUCCACCUGAGACUGACGUUAUAUUUGUGGGAUCUCUUAAAGUUGAAAUAGAAGCCAAUGAACAGGAUGCAAUUGCCCAGAGACUCUUGGAAGAUUUCAAAUGUCUACCGACUUUUCUACCACAUGAUAUCCAGGAAAAUUUUUAUCAUGGGUUCUGUAAGCAACAACUCUGGCCUCUUUUUCAUUACAUGCUUCCUAUGUUCCUCGAUCAUGGAGACCGCUUUGACCGAAAUCUUUGGCUGGCUUAUGUGUCUGCAAAUUAUAUAUUUUCUCAUAAGAUCAUGGAAAUAGUUAAUUUCGAGAGUGAUUUUAUCUGGGUUCAUGAUUACCACCUAUUUGUGCUCCCUACAAUUCUAAGGAAGCGUUACAAUAGAGUCAAGCUUGGGUUUUUUCUUCACAGUCCAUUUCCUUCAUCAGAGAUAUACAGAACCCUGCCUGUGAGGGAUGAAAUUCUCAGAGGAAUAUUGAAUUGUGAUUUAAUUGGUUUCCAUACAUUUGAUUAUGCUCGUCACUUCCUGUCAUGCUGUAGUAGAAUACUGGGCCUGGACUAUGAAUCUAAAAGAGGGCACAUUGAACUUGGUUAUGCUGGUCGUACAGUUUAUAUAAAAAUUCUGCCUGUGGGUAUUCACCUUGGUAGACUGAAAACUGUCUUAAAUCUUCCUUCUACACACAAUAAAAUCAAAGAGAUCAAAAAACAGUUCCUGGGCAGAAAAUUGAUUCUUGGUGUUGACGAUAUGGAUAUAUUUAAAGGAAUCAGUUUGAAAUUUCUGGCAUUUGAACAGCUUUUGCAGCAGCAGCAGGCGUUGCGGGGAAAACUGGUAUUGGUACAAAUAGUGAAUCCUGCUAGGAGCUCAGGAAGGGAUGUCGAGGAAGCAAAGGAGGAAACAUAUUCAACUGCCAGAAGAAUCAAUGAAAUCUAUGGCAGUCCUGCUUAUGAACCAGUGGUUUUGAUUGAUCGUCCUGUUGCUCGCUACGAGAAGACUGCCUAUUAUUCCAUGGCAGAAUGUUGCAUAGUGAAUGCAGUGAGGGAUGGGAUGAACUUGGUCCCCUAUAAGUAUAUAGUCUGCAGGCAGGGUUCUUCGCACAUGGAUGAAGCUACAGGUAUCGAAAUGGAUUCUCCUCCGACAAGCAUGCUUGUUGUGUCUGAGUUUGUUGGUUGCUCACCGUCUUUAAGUGGAGCAAUUAGGGUGAACCCAUGGGAUUUCGACUCAGUUGCUGAGGCCAUGAACUUGGCCAUUUCCAUGCCUGAUUUGGAAAAGCAAUUGCGACAUGAGAAACACUACCGAUAUGUUAGUUCUCACGAUGUUGCUUAUUGGGCCCGCAGCUUCAUGCAGGAUUUGGAGAGAGCAUGCCAGGAUCACUAUGAUAAGCAGUGUUGGGAAUUGGGUUUUGGCUUAAAUUUCAGAGUUUUAUCACUUUCUCCAGGUUUUAGGAAGUUACAUAGUGAUAAUGUCGUCUCUGCAUAUAAACGGACAAGCACGAGAGCAAUAUUCCUGGACUAUGAUGGAACUCUUGUACCUCUAUCCUCCAUGGUUAGAUCUCCCAGUAGUGAAGUUGUUACUAUACUCAAUGCGCUGUGUGAUGAUCCUAAGAACACAGUGUUUAUUGUCAGUGGAAGAGGAAGAGGUUCCUUAAACGAUUGGCUUGCACCAUGUGAGAAACUGGGAUUAGCUGCUGAACAUGGGUACUUUAUAAGGUGGGAUAAAACCUCUGAUUGGGAAUCUUUGUCUGCGGAUCUUGAAUGGAAAGAUAUCGUCGAACCCAUUAUGAAACUGUAUACGGAGGCGACCGAUGGGUCCUACAUGGAAAUCAAAGAGAGUGCAUUGGUGUGGCAACAUCGGGAUGCAGACCCGGAUUUUGGCUCCUGCCAGUCCAAAGAACUGUUGGAUCACUUGGAAAAUGUACUUGCAAAUGAACCUGCAGUUGUUCAGAGGGGGAAGUAUAUUGUAGAAGUGAAACCACAAGGAGUGACCAAAGGAUUGCUUGCACGGAAGGUCCUUGCUCUGAUGGUCAAAAAUGGAAAGCUGCCGGAUUUUGUGAUGUGUAUUGGCGACGAUAGAUCAGAUGAAGACAUGUUUGAAAGCAUAUUGAGCAGUGUCUCUAGUUUAUACCUAGCAGCAGCACCCGAGAUCUUUCCUUGCACCGUUGGGCAAAAGCCGAGCUGGGCUAAAUAUUACGUUGAUGAUGCUGCUGAUGUUGUGAGGCUGCUUCGGCAUCUCGCCACUGCUUCAAGUCCAAAUCCUCGGGCAUAGAUCAUGCUUGGAUGCUGGUUUUGUUUUCUUCACAGCAAAUUUAUAAACAGAAUCCCAUAUGUAAAUUCUUCUUUUUCUUGUGUGGUGGGUGUAAGGUGGGGGUGUCUUUUGGUGACAAGGAUAAAGUUACCGUCAUUGACGUUAACAUAGUAUACAGCGCUGGGUUGGUAUCAGAAUUUGCUUUCUUGCCAGAUCUGCUUCUGUUUAGGUUUGAAUGUGAAAAUUUCUAAUUUAGAAAGCGUCUUUUGGGCCAAAAAUCUUUCGAUGUAUAGUUUUCCAAACGUUGAUAGUGGCUGCUCUAGAUUAGGACGUAGAAGGCACCUCUUGUAUAUAUUUGACCUUGCCCCUUUUUAAUGCCAGUUCUGUAUAUAAAUGGGUUCGCUCUGUUUCUUUUGUUUC